GACUUACAUUACCUAGCAUCUGGCUCGGAAUGUGUUGGCCGUCCGGCCAUUCGAGCCCCUCCACCAAAAUAAUACAAUCGCUCCGAGAGCCUUCUGCUCCUUGAUUAUUUAAUUCUGCUCCGUCGUUUGAUCACACAAUAAUUUGACAUCUCUCUCCCCGAACAAUGUCCCGCGCUCGUCUAACGACACGAUGGUCGGUCAACGGAACUUGAUGAUGGAUCCCAAGGCAGAUGCCCAGGCGGGGUAUCCAGAGCUCUAUGUCGGCCCGACUUGCCAUGUCCAAACUGCCGCAAGCAGGUUCGGUUCGGAUGUUGUCGAAGAUAUCAAGGCGUUUGUAUUCCAAGGAUUCCAAAUUAACGAUAUGGCCUCCGACGACGACGAUGACGAUGACGACGACGACGACGAGUACGACGACGAAAACGACGGCGAUGCCGAGAUGUAUGACUCAGUCGAGGGGGCCUUCGCCGGUCUUGGUCCCGAAAGUGACCAUAGCCACGGGCAGCAUCCCUUUCCGCAGAUAGCGUCGAGAAGGUGUAAUUUGACGGCGCUAUCGCAACGGUACAAUCUCUAUUUUGCUGCGUACCAGGACCGAGUCUAUGUCUUCCAGCCCCGCAGAGCGCCGCGAAUUCUGCCUCCGCCGUCGCUCAUUCUUCACCCGCGUCCAUCUAAGUUGGCGUUAUGUUAUGGCGGGGAGGUCGAUCCGUCCUUUCCGCACCAGAUCAAUCACAUCAAAGUAGGGAAUUUGGGCAACCUGGAGAUUGUCUUGUUCGCGUACGACGACGGGGACGUCACGGCCUACUAUACCCAUGCGAUUGCCAAUUAUAUUGUUACCAUCGGCGAUCAGGCUCACACCCACGGCGGAGCUAACGGCCACCAACCGUCGCAUCCCAAGGCCUUGUUUCACGAAAACGUAGGUAGGUCCGCAUGGGGGCUGGCGGUCCACGAGCGAUCCCGAUUGAUUGCCGUCGGCUCCAACCUCCACGAGGUCACUGUGUUUGCGUUUGCAUUUCGUGAAAAGGCCGCGGCCAAAUUCCCCAAAGCAGUCAGCUUCCCCAGCGACUGUUCUGGCCAGGCCGCGUUGGAAAGGCAGCGCUAUUUCCCGGCACGAACGAGGACGUGGAGAAUAACGCUCCCAUUGGGCCCUGGAGGACACAAUAUCCCGGAUAUUGCCUUUAUUGAUGACGAAGCUGGCGAAGCAGACAAGGUCGUAGCUGUGGACAUCAGAGGCAACGCAUGGCUUCUCGAUAUUUGGAAGAUGGAGUCGUGUCCCAUUCAAUGGCCGGAUUACCCCAUCAGGGAUACGCUGCACAACAUCUCUAGGGGCUGGGGCGUGGUUGUCCUCCCAGAUAGCAGCUUCAGGCCAACGAGAACGGUCCGUGAGGCGCUCGGGUUGCCUGGCAACGAGAUCGUAUCGCCGAAACAAAAAUGGUUGGACACCACAUGCAGCCUGUACUAUAUCAAGGAACUUGCUCCAGAUCCCGGCAGUGUGCUGAUGCACCGCACCCAGUAUGACUACGCCGGCGUUCACAGCGGAAAGAGAAAGGGGUGUUUCGCUCUGGACGACGAUCAGUACAUGUCGGAGACUGAUAGCGACCCUGAGCACGAAAUGGAGGACUCCUCAGAACCGGUGGCAGCCGACCUGAAAGCACAGUCGACGGACCCUUGGGCCGAGGAUGACGACUACCCCUCCUUCAAACCCUUUGAUCUUUCUCAUAUAGUGGUCUCCGGCGUUGAGAACGUGUCUGAUGGCCCAAAACUGGCUAGAGCUGUUGUUCCCAGCUUUAGGGAGCUAUGGCAUCUGGAUAGCACCCGCGUGCAUAUGCUGUUUAGCAGGGCUUCUGAGGAGCGGCAGGCAAAGACGAAACAGAUCGCGUUUGCGAAAGCCGAGAUACCUGCCCAUCUUGCUAGAGGCUUCUGCCUUCUACGCACAUCCUUAACGGAUAUUGAGCUCCAUCCGUUCGAUCAAGAAGAAUGUGGCAUUGUGUGCAAGCAGGUGCUGACCUCGCACAACCGCUCCGGAGUGACCACGUCGCUAGAACUGCAUCCGAUUGCGGCAGAGCAGGUGAACAUGGUCAUUCACGUACCCGAGCUGAGCUUGGUCGUGGCUGGCUCACCGGUCGGAAGGGUCGCCCUCAUCACACCAACCAAGACGCCCGGAAAGCUCAAGCACAUGGCGGUGCGGCGGGGCUUCCGAGUCGACCGUGUCCUGCCCCGCCGCUUCGAAGACAACCUGCGUCCACCAUGCACGCUAAUUGGCAUUGCCAUAUCACCCGUUCCUAACGACCGCGGGAGCCGUCUCAGCCUGCACCCGCCUCGUGGCAGCACGCCACCGGUUAUGUACCGGCUGAUACUUCAUUAUAGGGACCACACAAUUCUUAUGUACGACAUUGCAAGAGGACUGGACGACGACGAAUUGAUGAUAUUCUAGUGGCGAGCAACUGCUAGCACAGUGCCGGUCAGCCAGCAAAUGGCGAUUAAAGGGGAGUGGCAAGUUUCUGGUAUUGAGAGUGUGGACGACAGUAUGGCAGUUGUGCCCUCAGCAUGGCGUUGGUUUGUGCAUUUGAGAUUGGGAGUUCUCGAUACCCGCGAUUACGAUAAACCCAUCUGUUUUCAUUUGCUUACUUCAGGUCCACCAUUCAGCUUGACUAUAAGUUAGAGUUGAGAAUGAUAUAGAGCCGUCUUCGAUUCGGUACCGUUCCUAUCAAGUUUGUUUCCACAGAGAUGCUGUCAUCUCAGAUGCAUUAGCUAGGAUUAUAGCGACGUUCCAAACUGAAUCAACUUUCAAUGUAG